AACUAUCAUAAAACCUUCAGUUUCCAUUUCUCUGCCACUUUUACGUCAGUGCCUAGUUGCAUAGUUGCCUAAUACUCGACUUACAAGUGCGACUUACUCGUCUGUGUUUGCUUUCUGUUUGUCUGUCAAAAUACGACUCUUUUGUUUCCUUUUUUACUAGCCUAGAAAUAUGGGUUUUAGUUGAGUUUUCAAGUAAAAUAUUUUUUCCCUCUCUCAUGUUGUAGUUCAUUUUCCAAAAUGUUGUGUGAUGAGUUUGCUGGUUUGGUGCUGGAGGAUGGAGUGGAAUAUAUGGACACAUCUGACACACCGUGGUACUGGUACUACAAGGAAAAGUGUGGUGUCUGGCACAGAGUUGAGGAUGACCCGAAGAGCUUUAUGUCCAGUGAUGAUCUGGAGAGAUAUUACCUCAGAAACCCACAAGGGGUUAUAACCAUGACUACUGCUGGAUGUCACGUCCGGAUUAAUUUUGCAGAAAGCACACAUGUUAACUUAAAAACUGGAAAAACAAAGUGGAUUAAACGCUCAUUUCAGACUGAGAAUGGAAUCAGAUGCAAAUGUCAUGACAUUUCUACAUCUUCACCAGCACACUGGAAGAAUGUUGAUCCCCAAAUCCCUUAUCAAUUAUUCUGCCUGAGAAAAGAUAGCAGUGAAUAUCAGAGGGUGGAGAGAUUUGUCAGGGUUGAUGGUUUGCUGCAGCAUCCCAUCGUAUCCAUCAACAGAAUACAGAACAUGGACCUUUGGGAAUUGUUUUGUAGGAAAAAAAUCCAGUUGAUGAGGAUAAAAGGGCAAUCAGAUAUUAAAGAAGAAAUGCUGUUUCAUGGCACGAGUGCAAAAAAUGUGCACUCUAUUUGCACAUAUAAUUUUGACUGCAGACUAUCAGACAAGAAAAGAGGAGGACACACAUUUGGCAAAGGAACCUACUUUGCAAAACAUGCAUCCUUUGCUAACAAUUACAGUGCAAACACUGGCCUGGGAACCAAAGUUAUGCUGCUUGCCCGCGUUAUUGUUGGAAAGUAUAAAACAGGCCGUCAAGAUUACUGUACACCUGAUGAUGACCUGGAUGAAAGGAUACAUGAUAGUUGUGUAGAUGAUAUGCUUUGUCCAAGGAUUUUUGUUAUCUUUGAUUCCAAUCAGAUAUAUCCAGAGUACCUGAUUGAAUAUCGCAGCAACUAAUUUACUGCAACAAUGAAUGCUGGAAUAAAUACAGAAUGUGUGUAAAAUGCCACAAUGUGUACAUAAUACAGGUUGUCAAGGUGUAUUUGGGUAAAUAUUUUUGCACAAAAUUGGGAUCAAAUGCAUUUUAGAGGACAAAGUCAUGUAAUGUUAUACUGUUUGAAUUUGAAUUUAGAAUCAUGGAUUUAAUUGAUUUUUACCCAGAUACAGUAAAUACAUCGGAAUUAAGUUCACUUGAAGUAGUGAUUUCUGUAGUGAACAUCAGAAAGAUGGCAACCCCCUUUUCCACAUGUGUGGAAAGUUUCAUUCUGAUGAGAUCAGGCUUUGUGGACAACAAAGGAUGCUUGUGGGGAGGUAAUAUUUACAUACAGUAACCCCUCAAUUUGUUCUUGCCUUGUCUAGCUGUGUGAUGUGUACUCUGUGCACUCCGUUUCAGUACAGUUAGGAUAUGUCGAAAAACUCCCAUCUCAUUUUCUCCUCCAACUUCAAAAUCAUCUUACAUCACUGCAGAACCGACCCAGUGUUUACAAAGUGAACAUGCAAAGAAGAUCAAAUGCUUUUUACAAAAAAAGGUAAAACAGCAAAGUAGAAGUUGGAUGAUUUUGAAGUUGGAGGAGAAAAUGAGAUGGGAGUUUUUCGAUA